CCUUCUUCCUAAAGCUCACUUGACUCCAGGUCUAGGUUGCUCUCCCAUCUCCGCUGUCCGCUGUCCACUCAAUCCGUCUCGUCUUCUUUCCCAACGGCAAGCAAGAGAUUCAGUUGAGAAUGAGUCAAGGCUAUUGGUUGCAUCAUUUGAGUGGAGAGGUUUUCAUUGCAACAGGGUUGAAAUAGCAUUAAAAAUUGUGAGGAUAAGUCAAUCUGAUAUAUUUUGGGAUGGAGCAAAAGAGGUUAUUGCUUUUAUGGAUCCACUCAUUAGGAUUCUUCGCUUAGUUGAUUCAGAUGGUUCUACUGUAUGUUACUUGUAUGAAGCAACUGUUAGGGCAAAAGAAAAAUUAAGAAAAUUGAAAGAGAGUGAUGGAGUGAAGUACUUUACCAUAUUGGAUUUGUUUGAUGUUAGGGUGGAAAAGAAUAUUAUUCAACCUAUUCAUGUGCUUGCUGCAACUUUAAAUCCUAAAAAUUUAUUUGAUGGUGGAUUUUUUAUUGAGACAAGUAUAGUUGUACAAACUCAAGAAUCUAUUGUGGCAAUCAUGGUUCCUCCAAAAGAUUGUGAUCAAUUCACUGCAAAAAUUGUUGAGUAUCGGAUGAGGAGCCCAAGGUUGUUCAAUAUCAAAAGAAAGUCUAUGAUGAAAACUAACCAUCCAAGGAUUUAGUGGGAAUUUAUGGGUGGUGAGUUUACUGUGGUUCAAAAGAUUACUUGUAAAAUCUUGAGUCAACUUUGUAGCUCCUCUCCUUGUGAGAGAAAUUGGAGUGCUUGGGAUGCAACACAAACAAAUAAAAGGAACAGAUUGUCUCCAGAAAUGUUAGAACAUUUGGUGUACAUUAGAAUGAAUUCUUUGAUGAAGGAGAAGUAUGAAAGCCGAACAAUUCAAAAUGCAAAACCUAUUGACUUGAAAAAACUUGAUGACUUGCCUGAUGUAGACGUUGAGUUGGAGACUGAGAUGCUUGAAGAGACAUCCAUUGAACCUAUUCAUGAUCAACCUAAUACUAUGAUAUGAUACAUUUGUGAGUUUUUUUUUAACAAAAUUGGAUGAUGAAGUUUGAUGAUACAUUUUAGAUGAUGUAGUUUGGAUGAUGCAUUUGGAUAUUUGAAUGAUGUAUUUUAGAUCUUAUAUUAAUCUUUAGAUGGAUA